CCCCUCUCUCACUGCGCAGUGUAUACAGCCCGAGGAGACUGCCAGACAGCCAGCCAGCCAGCCAGACAGCCAGACAGCCAGACAAAACUCAAUCGCGGCGGCCAGCCAAUUGAAGCAGCCAGACAGGCAAGCAGCUAGGCAGCCACGUGACUCUUGACGUGAGUGUAGCAACACCAACCAAGAAAAACGACCGAAUGCAAUUAAGAGGGAAAAACUCGCCAGCCACGCACAACACGCGCACCUCUCCCUCUCCCUCUCUCUCUUCACCCGCCCGCAUGUGUGUGUCCCAGGCAGCCAGCCAAACGGUCAGCCAGUCAGUCCCAUCCAACAGACCGCAUCGCCUCAAUGACAUGUCACAUUAUCAGACAGGUACGUUCUCGGCUUUGAAUUUGGUUUCGCCCUUCUGCCGAUAGUAUUGAGCGGGGGCGCCCAGCAUGACGUACUUGUAGAAGACGAUGUUGAUGAGCACAUUGCAGGCGUUGAGCAGCAGGAACAUGGCCUUCCAGCUCCACGGGAAGAUGUUGUGGCCGUCGGGGCCGUAGAAGGGCCCUCCGCGGCCCAUGAACGAGAUACGCGGCAGGAAGGGCACCACCGUCGCGCGGGACGUCGCGUCGUCACAGUUGAGCCGAAACAGGCACGUCAGCAUGUUGGGGCCGGCGAACAUGCAGUAGAGGAGGCCCAGGUUCAGCCCGGCCCACCACCUGAACGACAGACACCAGACACACAAGAGGGCCGGCCAUUGUGGCGCGUGUCGUUCUCUGGCUUGGUGGUAUGUUUACUUACAGGGUGAGUUGUCUGUUCUUGAAGACGUUCUCUCUGAACAUGCCCCCGAAGGAAAAGAUGAGGGCGGCGUUGAUCAGCUGGAAGCCCAGCCACAGCGUCAGACAUGCCGUCUCAUAGUUGUCACUCCUGCACACACGCAUCCAUCCAUCCAUCCAUCGAUCGAUGGGCAAUGCGCAAUGGCCAGUCUAUGCCCUUGCUCACUUCAUCCACCAUGCCCAAAUGGGAUAGCUCUUGGAGGUCUCGAGGGCAGGCGUGUACCAACCUGCACACAACAGACAAAAGACACAGCAGCAGGCCAUGUGUGUGGGGUGGCUGGCUGGCUGGAUGGCUCUCUGGCCCUUCUCGCUCACCCUGUGCCCGCAGCAUGACGAACAUCAGCCAGAGGAAACCCGUGUUGAUCGCCUGUGCACAUACACAGACAAGGGCACACACGCAGCAAAUCCAUCCGCCGGUCCUUCGCAUGUUUGUGUCAUUCUCCCUCCCUCCCUGCCUCCCUCCACGGACCAUCAUGGCGACGAUCGACACGACUGUGUGCGGCCCGAGCAGACUCGAUGUCGGCGUCCGAAUGCGAAGACGAUUCUUUGGUCUGCACACAUGGCAAACAAACCCAUCUCAGUCAAUACGCACAGGCACUCAGUGAGGCACUGACCUGCAGAGUGUCAUAGCGUACGCCAGGCCGAGGUCGAUUAGUAUGUCGAAGUAGAAGUAGCCGAGCUCGGGCAUUAUCGAGUUGGCCAGCGAGAAGAGCACCACCUUGGCCAGGGUGAUCAGCAGCCCGUACAUGACCAUGAACUUGUAACACGCAAGCGACGUCACCAAACUGCCGCGGCCCUCUCUCAGCAGGUCAACCACCGCCAAGGGGCUCUUGCUCCGCGCGCAGAAGGGCGACACUAUCGACGCCUCAGCCUUACCACACACAGACACACGCACACACACACAUCCACACACACACACACACACAUCGACACACACACAUAGUCGACAGACACAGAGACGAAAAUGGCCCGAUAGGCGCAACAAGGCCAUGAGAUCUCAUUCACCUCUGAGAGGGCGACUCCCGCGUGUGCAGCCCGCAGCGCGCCGCAGUCGUUGCCUCCGUCGCCACACAUGCCCGUGAUGAAGCCCUGAUUCAUGAAGGCCUUGAUCACUCUGACCUUCCCCUGACACACACAAAACACACACACACAAGGAUGGAUGGAUGGCUUGGUGGGUCGAUGCGGCCCGCCCAUUGUCUCGCUAACCGCUGGGGUCAUUCUGGCGAAGAUGCGUAUCCUCAGCAGGAGUUUGUCGAUGAGCAGCUGCUGCUGGCCCGAUGCCGGCAUGGGAAUCCUCACCUGACCCUCGGCCGCCAGCAGCUUGGUGGUCUCGUCACUCCUGUCAUGGCUGGCCGCAGAGGCCUCCGGGACGUAAUUGUGGGAGCAGAGCCAGUCGUAGGCCUCUUGCGUCACAGCCAGGUCCUGGAACUCCUGACACACACACAUCCACAUCAAUCACCCACACAAACAAUCGACCGACACGCUUCAAGCUUGUUCCUCUGUCUCCUUCUCACCUCAGUGUGGUAGAUCUGGGCCUCGCUGACGACGUCAUUGGUGUCCACGUCUCGCCACUCGACCACCGCCCCCUCCCCAUGGCCGCCUCUCUUGACGCUUCCCAGCACCACACGACCCACACUGCUGUCCACCUCUGCCGGCUGCUGGGGCGGCAGCGGGUCGGCACUCAGCUUCCGACGACUGCGGUACCUCUCCUGCUUCGUCUGGGGGGAGAGGUCGGCAUCGGCGUCCCACAGGACGUCCUUGCUGCCUUGUCGCUGCCGCUGCUGCUGCUGGUGUUUGAGUGAGGGGCGGUUUGGUGUGGCCGUUGCUGCGGCAGUGGGUGUGGUGGUAGCGGAGAUGUCUGCCGAUGCCGAUGUGGCGGGUGAUGUGUCGGCCAUCAUGCCGACAUUGCGGGCGAUCGUCACGGCAGUCAGGGCGUUGUCACCUGCGAUCGAUUGGACAAGAGGUCACAAUGCGGCUGAGCGCGUCGAUGUGGUGUCCCGCUCCCGUACUGACCUGUGAUCAUAACGGGUCUCACUCUGCCGGCCUUGAGGCUCCUGAUCGCAUCGGGGCUCUCGGGCUUCAACUCGUUCCUUUACACACACACACACACCACAUCAUCAGUGUUCCCCUCCAUCAUCCAUCCAUCCAUCAAUCAGACCUGAAGAGGAUCAGCCCCAGCAGCGUUAGGUCCUUCUCGAUGUCGUCUCGCGCGAAGGGCGUGUCGACGGGGGUGUUCUUGGGGAGCGUCUUGGUGGCCAGUGCCAGGACGUAGAUGCCCUGCUUGGCGUACCCGUUGGCCACGUCGAAGUAGGCCAGCGGGUGGCCGCUGCCGCUGCCCUGCGGACACAGCUUGGCGAUGUUCUCGUAGCUCCCCUUGCAGUACACGGCCAGCUCCACUGACACACAGACACACGUCGAUGGAUGGAUGGAUGGAUCCGACUUUUUGUCUCACCUGUUUCAAGGUUUUUGGUGACGACGCUCAUGGUUUGCCUGCCGUGGUCGAAUUCGAACGCCUGCAGGACCUCGGCCCCGCUGUAGCCGUCCGAGUGUGCCGCCCUGACCCGGACACGUGGGGCCCCCUUGGCCUUGUCCUGCCACUCCUCAAACACCCAGCCAGUCGCCAUGAACAUCCUGCUCACACACACCACACUCACCGGCCAUUGCGUCUCUCUCUCUCUCCCCCCCUCAGUGUGUGUGUGUGCACGUGCCGCACCGUCUCUCGAGCUCAUUGCCGAUGAGAGUGGCGUCCUGGCUCGACUUGAAGGUCUUGGGCGUGCUCACGGGGGUCCUCUCGUCACACAGCAGCGUCAAGGAGUGGCAGCAAGCCAGUCCGCGCAGCACCACGUCAGGGAUGGUUGAGGGCAGCGGCAGGGGAGAGGACGACCCACUGCCGCUCUCAUCCUCCUCCUCUAUCUGCAGAUUGUCGCGCGUUGACGGGGGCGAUGGCGGCGCAGCCACGAGUAUGGGCGAGGUGAAGACUGGCGGGCUCUUCUUGUUGGUCUUGAUGGGGUGGACGCCGAUGAAGUCGACGUACUCCUUGGUGAGUGUGCCGGUCUUGUCGAAGCACAUGACGCGCACCUUGCCGCAGAUGGCGAUGCGGGCGGGGGCCAGGCAGGUGAUCUGGUUGUCCUCCUUGAGGCGCUGGGAGGCCACAUUCUGCCCGAUGGCCAGCAACACGGCCGUCCAGAUGGGCACCACCUGCAACACGUAGGCGCAGAGAGGGAGGGAGGGAGGGAGGGAGGGAGAGGGAGGGUGAGAGAAUGAGUGGCGGUUGGCGUCUCUUUCUGUAUCUCAGUUGAUCGAUUGCCCACCUGUGAGAUGGUCCCCACGCCGUAGAAGAAUGACGCAAUCCCGAAACCGAGAUAGUAAGACUAUGACAGGUGGAUGGACACACCAACGCGCACACACAGACAUGUCAGGCAGCCGUGCACCCCUCUCUGUCUGUCUGUCUGUCUGUCUGUGUGCCCCCACCUCACCCACCUGCACAAGGAAGAUGACAGCGGCGUAUAUGCAGAGGACCACAAACACAACGGGCAGCUGCUCGUCAUACUUGAACCGCAGCGUGUUGGGGAACAGAAUGUUGCGGACCAGCUGCCCCCGGCUGGUGCUCGUCCCCGUCCGCACAGCCACGCCCACACCGCACCCAAUCGGCAUUCCCGUGUUCUGCGAGCUCAUGCUGCCGCUGCGAGAAGGGGAGGCCGACUGACCCGAUUGCUGCUGCUGCUGCUGUUGGGGCGCGCUGUUGACCUUGAGCGCCUUGGUGCCGGCGAACAGGAAGUGCUUCUUGGCUUUGUCUGGGUGGAGGAGGGUGUCGUCUUGCUCUGGUGCGAGUGGGAACUUCUGGACGGGCAUCGACUCGCCGGUUAGGGAAGACUCGUCGACCACCACCUGGCCCGACAGCUGAUGGAAGGACCCACAGCGAGAGAGAGAAGGCCAGAUUUUGGAGUUUGCUGGGUGUGUGGAUGGACAGUGCGUCUGGUGACUCACUGACCAGGGCUAUGUCGCACGGCACCAUCCAGCUGUCCUCAAUCACCACAACGUCACCUUACAAACACAAACACAAGCAGGCAGACAGACAGCGACAUCACACAAAGAAAAGAGAGAGAACGAAUCCCCCCCUCCCCCCCUCCCCCCCUCACACACACACACCUGGUACGGUCUCAGCGGCCUUGACGGUGACGAGCUGUUGGUUCCUGACGACCAUGACGUCGAGCAGUGCGGCCUGCUCGGCCAUCUCCUGGACCGACUUUUGGUUGGACCGCAGCAGCACCACCUUCUUGGCCACCGACCAGCAGACCAGCCCGAACCACACCAGCGCCGAUAUGACAUUGCGGAAGUGCAGACCCACCCAGAAGCAAAAUAGCUGGAAUAUGUAGAUGCCGUCACUCAACUCCCUGAGAGAGGAGAGAGAGAGGAACGGACAAAGUGGUGAUGGUCCGGGGUGAGUGAGUGAGUGAGUGUGUGCGGGCGGGCGGACUGACCUGCUUGCUGAGGUGAGGAGCGAUGGCACCUCAACGUGGAUGCGGUUGUAGCCCACGAGCGACCGCUUGCCGUGCACCUCGUUCUCCGUCAGUCCGCCACGGUCCACCUGCGCUCGCAACGACCGGCCUGACACAACACGACACGACACACACCAAACAAACCCGAUGGAUGGAUGGAUACAGGCGGCUGUGUGUGCUGUGGUCUGUCUGGCCACCCACCCACCGGUCUGAUGGACCUCUCCCUCACAGGGCCUGAACUCCCCCUUGCUGUACAUGUAUCUCGUGCACUGCAGGUCGAAAUACCGCAGCCCCUCCGCCGUGGUCUUGACCUCACAGUGGAAGGUCCGCCCCCCCGGCCGCCCCGCCCCCAUCCACAGACUCAUGGCCCGCCGCCACUUGUUGACCCACCGCAUCACGGCGUCCUGGCAAUUCUCUAUAGAGAUCUCGUCGUCGUCCUUCUUCCACACGGCCACGUGGGUCGCGUCCUCUAGUGACGACCGCAGGAGGAAGAACGUGUUGAGGUGCUUCUCGAAGAGCUUGAGGCCGAACAGGAUGACGGCGCUGAGGCACCAGACGAGCACGAAGGACUUGGCGCGGGUGUCCCAGUAGAGGUGCGUCUGGGAGAAGGGCACCCGCCACUCCAUCCACAGACACAGACCCAGCAGCACCUGGGAGGCCACGGCCGAUGCUAUCACGGAUCGGGAGAGCAGCCUGCCCGGCAGGCAGGACGUGUAGCCCCACUGCUCCUGGGACCGGCCGUUGCUGCUGUCGUCGGCCUUGCAGUCGGUGCUGCCGUUGUUGGCGUCAUUGUCCUGGUUGUAUGACUGCACGGAGCCCGUGGAGCCCGCGAAGCUGAAGGUGUUGUAGGGGCUGUUGCUGUUCUGGUUGGCCCGCCUCUUCUUGGGAAUGUCCCCGUUGCUCAGGUGGCUCCGCUCCCAACGGCCUUUGAAAGACGACCUGCACACACACACACACACACGAGGAGCAGGGUCAUGCGCACCGCUCCCAGACGCCAUCUCUGCGUGUGUCGUCUCCGUGUUGUUUGUGCACUGGUGGCACAUGUGUGCGAGAUCUGUGGUGCCUGCCGCUCACCAGAGGGCGCAUAGGACCACCAGGACGCCAUAAAGGAGGUAGAUGUGAAGCACAUCGACGGCUGUGAUGGGAACUUCGGUGAAUUCGGCCAUUUCUGGCUACUGAAGCUCGAGCCGGAUGCAGGCAAAGCUCAAUUCUCCGUUGAAACCACACUGGCAGAAGCGGCAG